ACUGUCAAUGAAACACAGCUCUGUCACAUCCGUGUGUGCGUGUGGUCGCUCCAAACCCCGCCCUUCUAGUCUCACGCAGCAACAUGGCGACGUGUAGGAAGAUGGAGCGAAGCAGGGGAAAAUUUUAUGCGCUUUCUGUGGUUAUUUUCCUCCAGUUGUUAGCCAGAGACUGUCUGACCUUCCCGGUAAAUGGCACUACCACGAAAGAAGUGCCAAAUGAAGGUCAUCAGUCAGAACGCCCUUCUACAAUUCCUGUUAAUACCACUGUUAUCCAGGAGACCAGUCACAAAAAGCCUUCAUCGCCUGAGAAUGCAACAACUGCGAGAAAUCCUGAAACUACUGCAUCGCCUGCUGGCAGUAACUCCACAACGACAGUGGCACAGGCCACUGAGAGCAGCACAACAAUCACCAUAACAAAGAAAUCGGAUACAGUCGUCAUUGGUACCUCUCAAGAUUCAGCGGCACCUGAAACUGACAGCAAAGGGGGCAACAGAGUGAAUGGGACUAAAGAAGACCCAAACAGUAAUGGGGCCACAGGCAACGCCACCCGAGUCUCUACUCCAGAAGAGCCGACCACGUCCACCAAAUCCUCUGUGGCAAACAAAGCAGCAACAGAAGAGCCUGAAGAGCCUGAAGAGCCUGAAGAGCCAGAAGCACCUGACACGGAAGACUUGUUAAACCCACCGGACAUUCCAGACCUUGCACAGACCACUAAGGACGAUGAAGAUGACUAUGAUAAUGACGUCGGUGACACUGACAAAGACCAGCCCAAGACAAGGCAGGAGCAGAAGCCAGGUGUAGUGGAGCUGAUCCGCUAUAAUGAAGUAGACAGCCACAACACAGAGGAUGAGGACUCUCACUUCUUCUUUCACCUGGUCGUCUUGGCUUUCUUGGUGGCCAUCAUCUACAUUACCUAUCACAACAAGAGGAAGAUAUUGCUCCUGGUUCAGAGUCACCGCUGGAAGGACGGUCUUUGUUCCCGCAACAACGUGGAGUACCACCGCCUGGACCAGAAUGUCAACGAGGCCAUGCCGUCCCUCAAGAUGACCCGAGACUACAUCUUUUAAUUUAUUUGUUUUUGGUCUGGAUGUGCACAGAGCCAGUUGGCCUGCCUUCCUGGUCAGUGGCUUUGAUUGAUGCUUUCUCUUUCUUUACAGGCCAGGGUGUGAUGUGUCUUGGGGAUAUUAUUAAGUUUGUAUGAAUUAUCUUUAUUCAGGACUUUUUUUCUUGUCUGGAUAAACAGAGUUUUAAAGUUUCUGUUACUUUGUAAUAUUUUAAUGUUAAUUGUCUUUUUUUAAUUAAAUUUUUGGAUUUAAUAUUAUGGUUCAUUAGGGGUCUUAUAAUUUAGUCUUUGUUGUUUUGUUUUUACUGUGGGAGUGUUUCAGCCUUAUGCCACCCUAAAACUCUUUGUUUUCCCUCUUGAACAUUGUCUUAAUAUGUUUAAUAAUCACUUUUUAAGAGCUUUUCAGAACAUCCAUUGUGCCGUGCAUACUCUCACGUUGUACGGGUGAAAGUGUGCAAACAUCUGCUGUAAGUAAAGUACUGUACACUAUAAAAAGGUAAACUGGGAAAAUUGAUUUAAAUAUAUAAAGUCAAAAUAUCCCAUGGUGUGUCAUUAAUUUAAUCAGAUGUCAUUUUAAGUUUUUUUUUUUUUUUUUUUAAAUCAAAGGAAAAAAAAUCUGAAUUUUUUUUUUUUAGCUGUUUUAUCAUCACCUAUCAUUUCUAUUGCACUUUUUGCAGAAUGUUCAUUUUGGUUUUCACAUGUUGGGAAUUUAAAAAAAUCCAAUGUUGGACAGUGAAUUUGCAUGAAGCAUCAAGUCAAGGAGGGCGACUGGAAUGUUCAUGUGCUUAAGCCAUUUAAAUGAAGAUGGAUACUGUUCAGGUUAGAAAGUGCUAAUAUAAUGUACGGGAGAAGCUUUUAUUGCCAGUCCUUGUCUAUUAUUUUUAUGACUUCGAUGAAGUCUGUCAAUCCUCUGGUCUUCGUUGCGAUAAAAGGUACCAGCUGUGUUCACUUGUGUUUACACAGCACUGUAAAUUUUUACUUACCUCCUGACAGAGUACAGUUUGGUUGACUGUUCAUCAAAAGUUUUGCAUGCUCUGUGUGGCCUGAUGUUCACAUGAGCACCAAAAAAGAAGAAGAAGAAAAAAUAACCCACAGAACAGACCACAUUGUUUUGACACUUGUGACUGUCUUUCCUGUUCAUGUUUUUUUGCUGCCUGUUACCAUCUUAUGCCUUCACUUGAAAUGCUGAGGUUAGUGAUCCAUGUGAAUCCACAUUUGUUAUCAAUCUUAUCGCCUUCUGUCAUUUGUUUUCAGCUGUCGUGUCCAUAUACAAGGUAUGGGGAUAGAUAAUGUGAUUUGCACUUGCCAUUCAAUCAUACUAGCUACAAUGUGAGAGUGGGUGGUGUCUUGUGUAGAGGUGAUGGAUCAACACUGCUCCUGCAAUCAACAGUAAAAACUGCAAUCUCCUUUUUUGUCAAUAAAGCACAAAUUAUAUAUAGAGUC